AUGGGGAAUGUCUCCCUGCAGGAGGCAGAGCAGGAGUUGCUUGCCCAAGUCCGACCUGCACUGAGUUCUGUGAGCUGGGGGUACAGCGUGGCCCUGCUGCUUCGGGGUCGGGAAAGAGAAGCACCCCGGCUUGUACCUCAGCUGCUGCAGGUACUGUUUGAGGAAACUUCCGUGGGCUCUGUUCCUGGGCUGAGCACCUUGAGCCUGGUACAGCUCCGCAGCAAUGGGAAGGCCUGGGACCUGCUGUCCCCUGAGGCGAGGGAGCUGUCGGUGCUGCAUGUGGCCCCUCUGGGCAUGGUGGUUGAAGAUGCCAGAGAAGUGGAGGUGUCUGACUCAAAAAUGGCCUCUGAGUUGUACUUGCAAGCCUCAAGGGGUGAAGGCAGGAACUGCCCUCUGCUGCAGGUGCUGGCUGGUCAGGUUGGUGAGGAGGAAGAGAAGAAGGAGGGCUCUGUGCCUUGGAUUGUCUCUUGUCUCCUGGAUGGAAACAACUACAGUGGCCUACUUCUUCGUGUGGACCCUCAAGGCAGCUCCCUGAGCUUUCUCCAGGCUGCUCUUUGGGGGGCCACGUUGAGGCGGAAGCUGGCAAAAGAGGUAAAGCCCACCCUGUGGGAUCCAGAACAAGAGGCCCGGGGUCGUAGGGUGGGCCUGAAGAGCCUGCGUUCAAGUCUCCUGGGGGACACUCUGACCUAUGGUGGGCUCAGCCAGCUGGCCAGGGCUCUGCGGGAGCUGCAGGUGGUAAAGGCCUGGAGCCAGCGUAUAGUAAACUGGAUACUCAGAGCUGAGGCAGGGGAGCUGCAAGAAUCACAGCAGAUGACAGAUGUGGCAAGUCACAGCCCAGGCCUUCUGGGGCAGUCCCAAGCAAGAAGAAGAGCAUCUCUAGGACAUGGUCUCUAUCAAAAGCAUCCUCCCAGGGACUCCGAGGAAGAGGCCCCAGAUGUGGCCCUGCAGUUCUUCCUGGCCCAGACCCAGAGGCAGAGACUUCGAGAACAGCACCAAGUUUUGAUUCAAGAGGAACAGAAGAAUUUGAAACAGGAGGAGAUGGCAGAUGACCAGGCUAAAAGUCUUGUGGCUGGUGAGGAGGUACUCAAGGCCCAGCAGAGAUGGCACAGGGAGCAGAUGGUGCUGAGACUCCAGCUGGAGGCAGUUCAGGUGGAGCGAGACACUGCGGAGCAGGACCUGGCUGCGCUCUAUGAGCUGCAUGUGCGGGCUGCCCGUGCUCAGACACGCCAUGUGCUGCAGGUGUUCCAAGCCUGGAGAGGGCUGUGGGUAGAACAAGCUGCAGACCGAGAGCACCACCACCGCAGCCUGCUGGCAGGAGUCCUGCAAGAUGCUAUCAACCUGGCCACACAGAACCAGGAGUUACAAGUCCAGAACUUGCAGCUUAGUGGGGAUGCGCCCAAGAGUUGCAUCUAA